AUGUCCGCCCCCGGCGGCGGCGGCGGCGGCGGCCGGCGCCCCUCCGCGUCCCGCUCCUCCCGCCGCGCCGCGCCGGAGCCCAACGAGAACGACGACCUGGCGGCCGCGCCCUCCUCGUCCUCCCCCUCGGCGGCCGCCCCGCCCUUCUCGCUGCCCCCGCGGUCGCCCCUCGCGGCCAUCGCCGACCCGGGCAGGAACCCGCGGUCCGCACCGGGGACGCCCAAGUCGCUGGCGAGCACCCCCAGGGCCUGCGCGCCGGCGUCUGGGGCCAGGGAUCGGAGCUCCUCGAUUGGCGGGGCCGCGAAGAGGGUGUUUGAUCUGAGGGAUCUGGCGGCCACGGAAGUGCCCGUGGAGGUGCCGCAUUUUGAGCUCGACGAGGACCCCGCCUUCUGGAUGGAUCGCAAUGUGCAGGUUUUGGUACGGUUAAGGCCAAUCAGUGCUGCCGAGAGCACUGCGUAUGGUCAAAAAAGAUGUUUUAUACAGGAUAGCUCAAAGACAUUGAGCUGGACAGGACACCCUGAAACAAAGUUCACGUUUGAUCAUGUCGCAUGUGAAACAAUAUCACAGGAAAAGCUGUUUAGGGUAGUUGGUCUACCAAUGGUGGAGAACUGCAUGUCUGGAUACAACGGCUGUUUGUUUGCCUAUGGCCAGACAGGGAGUGGCAAAACUUACACAAUGAUGGGAGAGCUUAGUAAGGAUGGCAAUGAACUUAGCAAUGAUUCUGGUUUGACGCCUCGUAUUUUCGAGUAUCUAUUCGCUCGGAUAAAGGAGGAAGAGGAAAGGCGAAGAGAGGACAAAUUGAAGUACAUCUGCAAAUGCUCUUUUCUGGAGAUAUACAAUGAGCAGAUAACUGAUCUACUUGAACCAUCAUCAACAAAUCUUCAGAUCCGUGAAGAUAUAAAGAAAGGUGUAUAUGUUGAGAACCUAAUGGAGUGUUAUGUGUCAUCUGUUAAAGAUGUUAUGUUGUUAUUAUUACAGGGGGUUGCAAAUAGGAAAAUGGCAGCUACAAAUAUGAAUAGUGAGAGCAGCCGUUCACAUAGCGUCUUCACUUGCGUCAUUGAGAGUCACUGGGAAAGGGAUUCAAUGACGCACCUCCGCUUUGGGCGUUUGAAUUUGGUUGAUCUUGCUGGUUCUGAGAGGCAGAAAAGCUCGGGCGCUGAAGGAGACCGCUUGAAAGAAGCUGCGAACAUUAACAGAUCCUUGUCAACUCUUGGGCUUGUUAUCAUGACUCUAGUGGAUGUCGCAAAUGGAAAAAGCCGCCAUGUGCCUUAUAGAGACUCAAGGCUUACAUUUCUCCUCCAGGAUUCCCUUGGAGGAAACUCUAAAACAACAAUUGUUGCCAACAUCAGCCCGUCUAUUUGUUCCUCCAAUGAGACACUGAGUACCUUGAAGUUUGCUCAGCGCGCGAAGUUGAUUCAAAACAAUGCAAAAGUAAAUGAAGAUGCUUCAGGAGAUGUUAUGGCUUUACAAAGGCAGAUAGAAGAACUAAAGGAUCAGUUGACAUGCUUGAGGAAGCAGCAAAAUGCCCCUGGAUCGCCUAGCUUUCUCCUGCUAAAUUCAGGCUCUGAUAGAGAAUACAAUACUUUAGCUGAAGAUCAUCAAUCAAGCUGUGACCUGAGUCUUCUAAAGCAAAAGGUUAGCCAUCUGGAAGAUGUUCUUGCUGGGAGCCUUAGGAGAGAGAAACUAGCUGAGGUGGAUAUCAGGAAGCUGGAGGCUGAAAUAAAGCAUUUGAAUCGUCUGGUUGACCUGAAGGAAUCUGAUUCCCAACGCUUGAGAAUGAUGCUGAAACUUCGUGACGAAAAAUUAAAAAGAUUGCAUAUGUUAGCUGAUGAUCUAGUGCCAUCGGAUGGCUAUAUGGUUGAAGAAAAUGCUGCAAUGUCCCAAGAGAUUCAGCUACUGCAAAAACAAUUUGACGAAAAUCCUCAACUGACUCAGUUUGCUUUUGAAAACAAGAGAUUAAUCGAGCAAGUUAGAACGCUUGAGAACUUCCACAAGCAAGGGGAAAGAGAGAUGUUAUUAACGGAGAUAUCUCUUUUGCGUAAUCAUUUCCUUCAUAUUCUUGAGCAGAAGUAUGCAGCACCUCCUAGGAAUUUAGAAGCACAGGGUGACGAGAUUGUCAAGGAUCUAGACAAUUGCAGGAAGGAGCUGGAUGCAUGCUUAGAAAAUAAUGUUUUGCUUGCACGUGAAGUAAAUAAGCUGCGCUGUGAACUGAAACAAUACCAGAUGUCUAGCACGCACCAAGUUGCUCCGACGGCAGAGAAGAAUUGUGGGAUUCCAGAGAUCAGUCAGAUACAACCCGAUCCAGUGGGAUGGAACUUUUCAUGUUUAACGCCCAAUGGUGCUGGAAUGUCAACUGAUAUUACGGAAUCAGUUCAACUCAAUCUUCCUUCAGAAAUUGCUAGUGGACACCAGGAAUCCUGUUCUCAUUUGUAUCAUUUCGAUUCAGAAAGAUGUGAUUUGAAUGAUUCUACAAAAGUGCCAGAGUGUAGUGAUGAAGUGUCUCAGUGCUACAGCUUGGCUCUUGGAUCUUCACAUAAUGUACUUGACAAAGACACUGUUCUUAGUGGACACGUAGAAGAUGAAGAAACAUUGCAAUUACAGCAGGAUGAGAUGGAUCAAAUACAUGAAAACGUACCAAAUAUGGGUAUAUGUUUGCAUGGUGAGACUUCAUUGUGUCAUCAAGAGACUGAAAUAGUGGGCUCAAGCAAACAGACAUUACAGGCCGAGUUGGCGCACAUUAAAAGCAUAAAUCAAGAGCUCAAAGAGAAGCUAGUUAUUAUGGUUGAAGAAAGUGCCAGGCUUGCAGAGAUCAUUGUGGCCAAAGAUGUAGAAAUUGCCUCUUUAUCUGAGGAAUGGGAGGUUGCAAUAGUUGAUCUAACAAGCUUCUUGACAGAUGGCUGCAGAUCACUAGACGAUGCAUAUCAGAAUAUUGAUAACAUGAUUAGUUCAUUUCCUUACAGCAAUAAUUCUGUCAGCGAACAUGUGGAGAAGGCUAUGAAAGUUAGCAUUGAAAAGGAAAAAAUAAUCUUCAGGCUUCAAAUUGAGCUACAAGAUGCACAGCGAAUGGGCAGGGAAGUGAAAGAAAAGUUGCACAUCUUAAGAGGUGCAACACUUGCUAUCACUGAAGCUCAGCAAUUAUAUAAUGAUGCAAGUUCUCAGGAAGCAGAACGAGUAAACCAAAAGGAUUGCAAUGUGGAAUGGAAAAAUUGUGACUUGUCAGAAGCAGCAGAGCAUUCUCGUGAUGAACCUCUAUUCCUCGACAGCUUGAAUGACACGAGUGCACAGCGGACUCGUAGUGAAGAUGGAUCAGCAGUCAACAAAGCUAAUCCAGACUACCAGUCAAAGCUCGACGAUGUGUUAUGUCUCGUCGAGGAUAAGUCAAAUAAGGUUUUGGCCUUAUUUUCAAAUUUUGAGGAUGCUCAAGAAACCAUGAAAGAGGCUGACCUUAUGCUCUCGGCUUUGUUGAAGGCCAAUGAGGAGUUAAAGCUUGACAGAGAUAAUUGCCGCCAAGCAGUGGAAUCUUUAUUGGCGGAGAAAAGUUCUCUGGUCAAUGAGUUGCAGGAGGUUGAAGCGUCAAGUUUUUGUACAGCACAGAGUUACAACAAAUUAAAUCAGCAGAUGAAUGAAUGUACCAACGAGAUGACAAACAUUGCUACUCUAAUGAAGGGAUCUUUUCACCAUUUGCAAAGGAUUGCUACAAUGGAACUCUUUGAACUUUGCUCUGAAAUUAUUAAUAUUGGGCAGGACUUAAAGAGGUGGAUAAGUGAUUCAAGAUCUUAUCUGGUAAACAUUGAAUCACUUUUAGAAGAAAGAGGCAGUUCUUUAGUUCAGCAGCUCCAUCACCUUAAUGUGAAUGCUUAUACAUGCAUGUGUCAACAAGUUGAUUCAUGUGACCUGGGUGGCAGCAAUACUAUGUUUCUUCAUGAAACUCAAGCAAUCCCUGACAACUCUAGGAAGCAUAUUAUAUCUAUAACAGAUAUGGUGGAUGAAGGAAAGGACACGUCAUCCAUGCAUGUAGUUCCAAUGGGCAGUGCUGCUGAACUGGAAGUUUUUGAUGCAGACAGUGCAGACGAUAUGGCUGUUAUUAAGGACAUAAUUUUCAGUAUUGCUCAAAAGUGGGAUAUUUUCGUCAACAAAGUGUCCUGCAUUAAGAAUGCUGAGACAUAUCCAGGUGUUGCUUGUGAUGAACAAAGUUAUGCAAACCCUCUUGCUGCACUUGCAAAAUUAGAUAGCGAACAAAUACACUCAGCUGUUCCACAGCAAUGCAAGGAAAGCAUAGAAGAUCACUCAGGAGAGGAAGACAAUACUGCUCUUUUGAAUGAUGUUCAGUGUCUCAAGCAUCAUUUGGCGCAGUUAAUGAUUCCACUGUCUAAAUUUAUCAAUAAAGAAGACCUUAUGGGGGAUGGAACAGAAAAUGAGAAACAGUUUGUUACUGUUCUGAAUAAGGUGCAAGAUAAUUUGAUUUUUGCUAUAGAUUUUUUUGGUUAUCUGUUACUAUCUGAGCAAGAAGGUUCUCAGAAUGCACCUUUGCUUAGCAGACUCCUUAAUGACAUUAGUACUAUUGAGAAGAAAGCUUUGACAUGUCAGAAAAUAUGCUUACGGGAUGGUGAUUCUCAGGCUGGUCACAGUACAGAGUACGCAUCACUAAGAAGAGACUUUGAGAGGAAAAGUGAUAUCGCUGAAGGAUUGUCUUUUGACUUGAAAUUAUUGCAAGAGUCUACCUCAUAUGCGAAGGACAUGAAAGAUAAAGCUGAUGAAGUGUCGAAUGCCCUUAGAAAGGUUCAACGAGAACUUGAGAUUAAAAAUUCUGAGACAGAAGACAUGUUGGCAAAACAGAAGACACUAGUGGAAGAACUGGCUGAAAAUGGUGCUGCACUCAUUGUUUUAAGAUCAGAGUUAGAGCAAUCUCAACUUUCAUCAUCUGCGCUAUCAAAGGAGAACAAUGAUCUGAGAGUGAUGCUGGAAGAGGAAACUGUGAAGACCAGUGAAAUAGUAGCUCUGUUGGAAGACAAAGCUAAGGUCAUAGAGGGAUUGGAGAGUGAAAUUAUAUUGCUUAAUUCUUCUGAAGAGGGACGUCUUAGGUCAGAUAUUGAAGAACUAAGUAAUAAUAUCAAAAUGUUAUGUAAUGAAAAUGGAAAGCUCAAAGCAGAGAUACUCAAGUUAAAUGACAAGCUUGAGAUGUCAAUGGCUUUAGCUGAGGAGAAUGAAGCUGCUGCUAUUGAAGCUCGGCAAGCUGCAGAGAUAAGUAAAAUCUACGCGGAAGAGAAAGAUGAGGAGGUUACAAUUCUUGAACAUUCUGUUGGGGAACUUGAAUCUACAAUAACUGUUCUUGAGGAAGAGGUACGCAACCUUAAAGAGGAAGUAAGGAGCAACCAAGCGCACAAACAAUCCGAAGCUGAAUUUCAAGCAAUUGAAGAGAUGCUUACUGUAGAAAAUGCCUCAAAAUGUGAUGACAAUGUGGAACUGUGUCCAGGGAGAUGCCAACUAAAAAAGAGAUUGCGAGCUGAGAUUAUUGCACAUCAAGAUACUAGAAGGAAGAUUGAAGGACUCGUAAUGGAAGUAAAACGUAAAGAUGAGGAGCUAAGGCAGUGCAAAGAGCAUAUAGCUGAGCUGGUCCUGCAUUCAGAAGCACAAUCAUUGCUGUUUCAGGAGAAGUAUCAGGAAAUGGAGCACAUGGUUUCUAAACAGAACUUUGGUUCACAUGAAUCUAAUUCUGAGGCUGUCCAUACAAAAGUGGAAAAGCCUUCAGGGCGAACAAGAGGAUCUGGUUCACCUUUUAGGUGCAUAUCUAGCAUUGUUCAACAAAUGAACUCUGAGAAGGAUCAAGAAAUCUCUUUGGGCCGCCAGCGAAUUGAAGAACUUGAAGCGUUGCUUAGCGACAAACAGAAACAGAUAUGCCUGCUUACGUCAAGACUGGCAGCAGUGGAUAGCAUGACACAUGAUGUUAUAAGGGAGCUACUUGGCGUCAAAUUAGACAUGACAAACUAUGCUAAUUUGCUUGACCAAGAAGAAGUGCACAAGCUGUUAGUAGCAUCCCAGGAACAAAUCGAACAAUCGAAGGCGAAGGACGAGGAACUUGACGUCCUCAAAGAACAAUUCGGCCAUCUCAUUCAAGAAAGGGACAGCUUGCUUGAUGACAUGGACCAAAGGAAGGCGGACCUGCUGGAGACCCAGCUGCUCGUGGAACAGCUCGAACAGCGGGAGCAGAUGCUCGAGGCCCAGAACGAAAUGCUACAGAUGGAGAAAGACAACCUCCAGCAGAGGAUGAUGGAGAUGGACGAGACGAUCGAGCUGCUAGAAGGCUCAAAUCGAGUCAGAAUAGGAGAUAGCCAUAGCCAGCGUUCGGCCGGCAGCGAGUUCAGCAGGAGGCUGGCGCAGUCGGACAUGCUGGUGUCCCACGCGCGGCACGAGCGCUCCCGUAAUAACCGCGCGGCGGCCGCAGGGAGCUCGCGGCCGCGGCACGGCAGGCACCAUUGAGACGGCCUGGCUGGCCGCUGCGCAGUACAUAAAUUGGACCGGAACAGAUCAGACACUGCUUGUGUUUGUUGAUCGGCAGCGGCGGCGGCGCCACCUCUUUGGCUGUAGAGUAGGUCAAGUCAGAAUGGCGAUGGCUGCAAAGGAAAAAAUUGUUGGUGUACGUGGUCCGAGUGUAUGUAGAACCGUGACUGGUGCGAUGUGUGCGUGGGUUUGUGUAUAUUUUUGCGCUGUAUGUACGCCUGCCACAUCUAACACACGGUGAGUUCCGGCUUUGGCUGGCCUCCAUCAGAAGAACGAACCGCAUUUCAUACUGCCCAGCGCACAGCUUGAGGCAAAGAUUUGUGGGAGCACGAGUUGAAGAUAGAUUUGUCA